UUAAAUUAAACAGAACACAACUUCAGGACAGCCAAAAUGAAUUGCACAACUUCAAAGAAAGAAUGGGAAAAGUAGUGGACCUGAAAUUAGGAAGUAGUGGGGUUUUGUCUGAAGACCUCACUAACCCCUGCAGAGAAUCUGAACUGAAACAUAUGUAUGAGAAAUUGAGCAAGAAUCAAUGGGCGAAAGUCCUGCGGCAGCUAAAGACAGGAGGACCUGAAAUGACCAAAGAAAAAAUAAACGAGAUCAGGAAGAAGGCAGAGGGCGUAAUCCAGGCUGUUCUGCGACAAUCACAGCAUGAUAUUCAAAACAUCACUGGCACAAUGUUGUGCCUCACACCGAGCAGCCAAGAUGCCUCCCAUAAGACAACGCAGUACUUUGAUUUGGCUGUACAAAAUCUUCAGAUGGCAAUCUAUCAGGAAAAGAUGCAGCUCUACAACAGGGAUAAGUUGCAGGAUGUUCCUGAGGCUCUGUACCCGAUGAUUGAUGAUUGCUACAAGACUGGCUGUUUGAUGGCUUUACAUAAUCCACCUCUCCUGCUGGACUGGGACAGCUCUUCUCAAGGACCAUUCCCUCCGAUAAAGAUUGGAAAAUUUGUUCCUGUUAAAGAGAAAAAUUAUGAUACAGAUUCUCUUCAGAAGAGUUCAGCUGCUCAGCCUGGGCCUCAGAUUCCUCAUGGAAACAGAGAACCAGUGAAGCCUGAACCUCUCAAAGAGACAGAAGAGGAGAAAAACGGUGCUCUAAAGAUGACAUCACUUCCUGCUUUUCCUGCUGCUCAGCCUCAAAUUCCAACUUAUAAGAGACACAGCAGUAUCCCGGUGAAACCUGAACCUCUCAAAGAGACAGAAGAGGAUACAAAUGGAGGUCAUCUAAGGAUGCCAUCACUUCCUGUGAAGUCUGAACCUCUCAAAGAGACAGAAGAGGAUAAAAAUGAUGCUCUAAGGAUGACAUCACUUCCUGUUUCUGCCCCUCUGCAACGACCUCAACCUCCACCGAAAAACAAAAGUAGGCCGGUGAAGGCUGAACCUCUCAAAGAGACAGAUGAGGAUAAAAAUGGAGGUCAUCUAAGGAUGACAUCACUUCCUGCUUUUCCUGCUGCUCAGCCUCAAAUUCCAACUUAUAAGAGACACAGCAGUAUCCCGGCCCAGCCUGAUCCUCACAAAAAGAAAGAAGAGGAUAUUAACACUUCCCCACUGAUUUCUGCUCCUCAGCAGCGACCUCAACCCCCCCCGAAACACAAAAGUAGGACGGCCCAGCCUGAUCCUCACAAAGAGAAAGAAGAGGAUAUUAACACUUCCCCACUGAUUUCUGCUCCUCAGCAGCGACCUCAACCCCCCCCGAAACACAAAAGUAGGACGGGGAAGCUUGUUCAACAGAAAGAGAGACAACAGGAUGUAAACACUGCUCGAGCGGCUCCUACUACUCUUCCUUCAAGGAGACAACAAACUCAAAGACUCAUAUCCAGUUCUGCUCUCGCCCGGAUCCUGAUCAUGCGGAACCACCGCUAGUCUGGUAGUUUCCUGCUAAAGUGUACAGGAUCUCUUCUAUGGAUAACGUUUAUCUACCUUGGGAGUUGUGUGUUAAGGGGAGGUUCUUCUCAAAGUCUCCACUUUGGCUCUGCCUUAACUCCCCCAAGGCCUCUCCUCUCAUCAUUGUAACCUGUGUUUUGUUUGUAAUUCUGUCUCCUCACCGGCAUUGUACUGUAAUCGUUGGUUUCACCUGUGCUUAGUUGUUUAAAUAAACAGUGAUUACUUAGUGAUUUUCAAA